AUGGCAGACAGAGCGAGACAAGUCAGUGCGAGUCCGUCGAACGGUUUGGCAUACAAGCCACACACCGGAAAACCCGAAAGACCGCCACGGUUCUCGCGUGCUCAGGAACGUAUGUCAGACAUCAUACGACGGAUCGAGAAGGAGUGCUUCAUCGAUCGGCCUGUCCCUUGCGCAUCCGAUUCUGAUCUUGCACGACACAUGUUGUCUGAGCCCGUCGUCAAGCAGACGCGCUUCGGCGAUCUCGAUGCAUCGCACGGAGAGCGAGAGCAAGGAUGUCAGAGCGUCAUCGAAUGGCGACACGAGUAUGAUCCACAAGCACCCGCCACAACGUGUCGUCACAUUGUGUCGACGCUCUUUCCUGCCCAUGUGCAUACCCCACAGCUCAAAGCCAGGCGACCCGUUCUGCGUCACUCGCCCGAUCAAGUCAGAAUGCAACGCGCUUUGCCCGUCGGCUCUGAUGACGACGACGAUGAAGGCGAUAGGAGCUGCGAUGACCGUCAGGACGAUGUCUUGCUGGAUUCCGAAGCGGCUAGAUUCUUCCAAGCGACACGCGAGCUAGCAAGAGACGUGCGACUCUUAGCAAGGCAAGACGGUCAAACAUUGCGACACACCUGGGAUGCGCUUGAGCUCGAUUGCGUAGAGAUUGUCAAAGCAGCCUACGCUGCCUUGUUCCCAAGCCGAAUCAUCAAGUUCCAACUCAUCGAAUUGCACCGGCACGACGAAUACGUGCACAACGAGCGUCUCCUCGCUCGAGGUCAGAUCCAAGCUCCAUCCUACACCUGUCAAGACGCCGAGGAGCAGCAUACCGCGAUACACGGGCAGUCCACCGAGCUCGUCAAGCACAAAGAUGGCACCGCGAGCUCCGCGCACGCCCACUCGGAUACCACGAUACAUCAAGCCCAGGCCCAGCAAAGUCUGAUCACAGGUUCAUUGCUUGCUCUGUACGGUGUGCGCAUAUUUGGGCUUGAGCUGGUCUUGUGGAUUGCACCAGCGUGGUGGAUCAUCGGCUGGACCAUGUCAACAAGCGGACCCGUUUCGAGGUGCUCCACUUUGAGCUUGUCUGGUCAAGUGGAAGCGUGUACAUUGGCACCCGCUCAGAUGACCUCGAUCCUCUCCCUGCCAACAGAGCUGAUCUUCAGAAUCGUCGAUAGCCUAUCGGCAGUCUCCGUGAGCCGAUUGUCUUCGACCUGCAAAGCCUUGCACGAUAUCUGUCAUUCCGACGAGCUCUGGAAGGAUCGUAUACGAGAUCUCUGGCUCCUACACGGCGCCACGACGGUAUUGCCCGAGACAGACGAUGAGCAAGUUGACCGGCUACCUUGGGCGGAGCAAUGGAGUCGCUUUCUCGGCAGACACCGGCAUUUCCUCGGCUGGUGGGCAUCAUCGCUGCCCUUCAGAGGCAGAGUCAUACGAAUGCAACUCUGUACAGAGACCGGCACGCUAGACACGCUCUACAUCGCGGCCCAGCUCAUCGAAGCGAGCAAUGCCAUACAACCUUUGGAAGACGCCAAUGACGAUUUUAUGGCCGAUGUGCUUCCUCAAGGUUUCUUGUGGGACGUUGGCUCGGCUAGCUAUUCAUUGCCAUUAGAUCAUCCCUCGCCAGAUCGGGGCUACAGUAUUGACGUCUUGGACCCUACGUUCCAACAUGUCACGUUGUUUACCAUUCAUCCCGAGCACGGCGUUACCCUCAACGCCAGGCCGGAUCCACGCGCGAGCCAGCCGUUCAUUUUUGACGCCUUGCGACCCGUCAGUCUAGAGGUAGCAUACGACGUGCUAGGCGUACCUGUCAGUGCAGGCUCUACGGUGACGAGCCUUUUCACAGGCGAAAAGCAAACACCCUUUCCGACGAUCUACAUCGCCGAGAGUGGUAUCUUACGUCCUUUCGAAGGCGAUGUGAAUCGCAUAACGGAGGAUGACAUGCAAGAGCCCUACUUUGCUAGAGACUCCCGCCAGCUGCAGUGUCCUCAUCUUGCCUUCACGCCGCGGUAUACUAAAUCCGAUGAACCAUCUAAUCCGGCUAUGCCUCUCGCUGACAACGGCGGCCCUCGCAUGCUGUUCCAGACCGGUAACGUGCCGCAAUGGAUCGAUCAGCCGCCGGAAUUGCCUCAGCUCAUACAUAUGUUCAAUGGUGGCAAUGGUCCCGAGGCGAUCAGGAUGAACAUUCACCGCCGCCUCAAUGCUCAAAGUCGGGGCAGAUUCAUGACGUCGGACGCGGAAUUAUUCAUGCCUAUCAGAGCGCCCAGUGAUCCUGUCUUGACGAUGCCCGGCAACGAGCUUCGUGCCAUUGAUCUGACCGGUCUCUGGGUUGGCACAUACUCUGUUCAUGGACUCGAAUUUGGCUACAUCAAUGUAAAGGAGGUACAGUCGAUCGUCCAUGCCGUCGACGAAAUCGAUCUCGAAGAGCUACCCUUUGACGGCUCCUCGACCUCGCUGCCUUUGCACAAUGUACAUGACGCACCACCUCGUCUAGGCAGCGCAUCCUUGCGUCCUACACGGAUGCGCAGACGGCAUGUGAUCGAGUUCAUCAAAGUCACCGGCGAUCUCAAUGUACCAAGAGGCGAGAUCAGCUGGAUUGCUUUCCUGCCCGAAGAAGACGGAUCGGAGGCGCUCGUACCGCUCGAGCAAAGAACGGUGCGCGCACUCGAUCGAACGCAGAUGGAAACUUGGUCGCACCGACCCUUUGCCACUAUCGAAGCUGCAACCGCCGCAUGGUCUCACGGCACGCUCGAUGCAAAGGGAAAAGUCGCAUUCAGUGGAUUCCUCGAGCCACGCUGGUCGGACGCACAGGCUAUCAUCAUCUCGAGCCGAACAGAAAUGGGCGUGGUCGUGGAUGAGAUCCGGCUGCGCUGGCUCGAGCUCGGAAAGACGAGCUCAUACAAGCGUGUACGGGCCAGGAUCUGA